CAGUCAGAAGCUGUUUUCUGCCAUUUUAUUAUUUGGAACCAUUCAAGAUAUUACUUCAUACAAAGGAGAAAAAAAAAAGGGUGGCAAAUUAAAAAUGUAAAAGAUCUGACAACUCCUUACCAUAUGAUUUUCUUUUUCUAACUUGGCUCCAUCUUCACUUUAAAGGAUACCCCUCUCUUUCGUCACCAACGUCACACCUUCCAUAACUGAGCAUCCCCGAAAGACCAAGAGAGGUGCUUUUGAGAGUUGAAAACUGAUGGCCAUAAGCCAAGCUUCAAGUAACCAUGCAGAUGAAGAUUAUAUAGAUAUGGAGGUAAGCUCAUCCUCCAACUAUUUGUGUUAUUCCAUAAGCUCUCCACCUCAAAGUAGAGAGUUUGAGUUCCAAAUGUGUUCAGUUUCUCCAGAUGGAGAUAUUACCUCUACUUAUCCAGCUGAUGAACUCUUCUACAAGGGCAAGCUCCUUCCCCUCCACCUCCCUCCUCGCCUUCAAAUGGUUCAGAAACUACGCCAAAGUUCCAACAAUUCUGCCUUGGACUCCAAAACUCAACCACCCAUUGAACCAAACCCUGCUGUCCCUUCAACUAAUACAAGUUUCCCACUGGAAUACUGCACCAGCAUCUCUGCAUCAGAAUCCUGUAGGGUGAGUAGUGAGCUAAAUGCUGAUGACUAUUUCUUUGAAUGUUCGACUGAAAUGAAUGGAUUCAUCGGCAACGGUUCGGUUUCGAAGACGUCUUGGUGCCGAAAGCUCAUGCAGAUCAAGCAAUCCUCAAUAAGCCAAAAGCUCAAGACAUCUCGUGCAUAUCUUAAGUCCUUGUUCAGCAAGUCUGGGUGUUCAGAUGAAUCUUGUGCCAAAGCAGCAUGCAAUGUAGAAGCAGGUAAUGUUUCAAAGAACAAAGAUUGUGUAAACAAGUACAUGAAAAUGGCAAAGAAGAAUCCAUUUGGCAAGAUUGAUAAUGAGAGAUAUAAGUUAUCAAGUAUCAUUAUGAAGACCAUUGAUAAGGAGGUGGUUGAGGAUGCUGCAAAUAGCCAUAGGAGGUCCUUUUCAGGAGUAAUUCAAAGGCAUUCUACAACAAAGUCUUCAUCUACAUCUUCAUCCGAUUCCUCUUCAUCGUCGUCUUCAUCGUUUUCAUUCAGCUCAAGCGGAUUCUAUGAUUUACACUUGCUGAAAAGAAGCAACAGCGCCAGUUCGGAGAUGGAAAAUUCUAUUGAGGGAGCAAUUGCUCACUGUAAGCAGUCUCAGCAGCUGUCUAGUUCAAGAAAGAUUUCAGUUAACGGGGACCAAGAAAGACCAGGAUUUUGCAGCAUAUGAUCUUAUGAAAGAACUAUAUAUAUAUAUAUAUAUAUAUUUUUUUUUUGGGGGGGGGGACACUGAAAAAUCCACCAUUAGAAUCACAAAGUUGGUACCCAGUUCCUGUUACAUUCUUCCAAAGCGAGUCAUUUUCAAUGCAGUUGCAGUGUGAGAUAUUUUGGAUACUUUGUAUGAUUUUCCUUCACUGUUAGACAAGAUCAAUUUGUUAAUGUUACUAUAAUAGCUUUCUAUGGUAGAACAUAUUGAAAACCCCAUUAUUAAUCUAAUUUAAAAAAAAAAAAGAGUGGAGAUUCUUCCAUGGAAGAUUAUCAUUCAAAAUCAAUGGUCACUAUAUGGCCUUUUCCUUUUUGUACUUGCUCAAGAUAUUGCAUGAUUAGAAUUGGUUGAAUGUUUGCUUCAA